UCUCUGUGUGAAGGCGAAGAUGGAUAGAGAGGAUGAGAAGCCAACUCUGAGGUCUCCACUGAUCCAAAAAUGUGGACAAGAUGGCGGAGGAAUAAGCAUGGAAAAGGUUCUUCUGAGGGAGAAGGUAGUAGUAGAAGUGAAGAAGCAGUUGUGGUUGGCAGGACCUUUGAUAUCCGUCAGCCUAUUGCAGCAGUGUUUGGAGGUGAUAUCACUGAUGUUUGUGGGUCAUCUGGGUGACUUGUCUCUCUCGGCUGCUUCCAUGGCUACUUCCUUUGCAUCUGUCACUGGGUUCAGCUUGUUGAUGGGGAUGGCAAGUGCAUUGGAUACCUUAUGUGGGCAGUCCUAUGGAGCAAAGCAAUAUCAUAUGCUCAGUAUACACAUGCAGAGGGCCAUGCUUAUUCUUCUAAUUGUUAGCAUACCUCUUGCUACCAUUUGGGCAUAUACAGGAACCAUUCUAAUGGCCGUGGGCCAAGAUCCUGAGAUAUCACAAGAAGCCGAACUUUAUGCCCGUUUCAUGAUCCCGAGCCUCUUUGCCUAUGGCCUCCUUCAGUGCCUUGUCAGAUUCUUGCAAACCCAAAACAUAGUCUUCCCAAUGAUGCUGAGCUCUGGAAUCACAACCUUACUGCAUGUUCUGGUGUGCUGGUUUCUGGUUUUCAAAUCUGGCCUCGGAAGUAAAGGGGCUGCUUUGGCAAAUAGCAUCUCCUGUUGGAUAAAUGUUUUAUUGCUGGCACUAUAUGUUAAAUUCUCUUCUUCUUGCUCGAAAACUAGGACUGGAUUUUCAAAGGAGGCCCUGCAUAAUAUCCCUAGUUUUCUUAGACUUGCUAUUCCUUCUGCUGUUAUGGUCUGCUUGGAAAUGUGGUCAUUUGAGCUGAUGGUUCUUCUAUCUGGUCUCCUUCCUAAUCCAAAGUUACAGACUUCAGUGCUUUCGAUCUGCCUUUAUACUGCUGCAACAGUUUGGAUGAUCCCCUUUGGACUCAGUGGAGCUGUGAGCACAAGGGUCUCAAAUGAACUUGGGGCAGGGCAUCCACAAGCUGCACGUUUAGCAGUAUUUGUCGUCUUAGUCAUGGCCCUAGCUGAAGGCACUCUCAUUGGACUACUUCUGAUAUUGAUAAGGAACAUCUGGGGCUAUGCCUACAGCAAUGAAAUAGAAGUGGUCACAUAUGUAGCAGCCAUGAUGCCAAUUCUUGCAUUAUCCAACUUCCUAGAUGGAAUGCAGUGUGUUCUUUCAGGCACUGCUAGAGGAUGCGGUUGGCAGAAGAUUGGUGCCUUUGUCAAUCUAGGAUCAUAUUAUCUUGUGGGAAUUCCAUGUGCUAUUUUAUUAGCUUUUGUCUUCCACAUUGAAGGAAGGGGCCUCUGGUUGGGGAUUAUAUGUGGGCUCAUAGUUCAAGUGUCGUCCCUUCUUAUCAUAACCCUACGCACUAACUGGGAGGAUGAAGCAAAGAAGGCUACAGAUAGAGUCUAUGACGCUAUAAUCCCUGUUGAGACAGUGCAUUGAGCUGAAAUAUACAUUAAAUUCAAUAAUUCUCUUUCUAUGCAUAUUAAGAAUCUAUGAAUUCUGUUUAUAAGAAUAUGAAUUCAAAGUCACAGUCUAAAUUUAGGGCUAUUU